UAACGCCGUUGGAUCCACUUUCCAUCGGACGGACGCAAAUUGAAAGACAAAUUAGACCGUUGGGGGAUUGUAUGGGCGUCUGCUUUAGCUUAAAAGAGGCGUCAUUUUCGCCCAUUUUCAAAAUUCCCUGUUCGCUUCGCGGUGCCCCCUUGAGAGAGAUUGCGCAUAGGAGGAGGAAGAAGAGUAUUAGGGUUUCAUAUUUCUCAAGAAUGGCGUCAAGACAAGUGGUUCAACAGCAGAACAGAGGAGUGGAGGCGGUUCCUGGUGCUAACAAGCAGAAAAACAUGGUGGUGGAGAGGAAGAACCGCCGCGCGCUCGGUGAUAUAGGAAAUAUGGUAACUAUUCGUGGCGUCGACGGCAAGCCACUUCCUCAGGUUUCUCGACCUGUUACGAGGAGUUUCUGUGCCCAGCUACUGGCUAAUGCACAGGCUGCCGCUGUUGAGAAUAACAAGUGCAUGGCAGUGAAUGCCAAUGUGGUGGAUGGAGCUCAGCCAGCCAAGAAAGCUGUGGUGCCUAAGCCGGCUCACAAGAAGGCCGUGGUGCCUAAGCCGAAACCAGAGGAGAUCAUAGUAAUUAGUCCUGAUCCUGAAGAGGUUGUUGGGGAGAAGCCUAAGUCUGGAGAAAGGUCAUUGAAAAAGAGGGCUCCAACUCUUACUUCAACUCUCUCUGCUAGAAGCAAGGCUGCUUGUGGGCUGAGUAAUAGACCAAAGGAGCAGAAAUUGGACAUUGAUGCUGCAGAUGCCAACAAUCAUUUAGCAGUUGUGGAAUAUAUUGAUGAAAUUUACCAAUACUACAAAUCAGCUGAGCACGAGGGUAGAGCUCGCGACUACAUGGAUUCACAACCUGAGAUCAAUGCAAAGAUGAGGGCAAUCCUGGUUGAUUGGUUGGUGCAAGUCCACAACAAGUUUGAGCUCUCUCAAGAGACCCUCUACCUCACCAUCAACCUCGUGGAUCGGUAUCUUGCAUCGAAGAACACUCAGAGAAAGGAGCUGCAGUUGGUGGGGUUGGGGGCAAUGCUGAUAGCCUCCAAAUAUGAGGAGAUUUGGGCUCCUGAGGUGAGCGAGUUGGUUUUCAUCUCAGACAGCAGUUACUCCUCUGCACAAAUCUUGGCUAUGGAGAAGAAGAUCCUUGGGCAACUCGAGUGGAGCUUGACGGUCCCCACUCCCUACGUGUUCCUGGUCAGAUUUAUCAAGGCAUCCAUGACUGAUGAUGCGAAGGUGGAGAACAUGGUGUAUCUAUUGGCUGAGCUUGCAAUGAUGAACUACACCUCUGCAAUAAGGUGCAGCCCCUCCAUGAUUGCUGCCUCAGCAGUCUACGCGGCACGCUGCACCUUGAACAAGGCCCCUGCUUGGAACGAGACGCUUAGGCAGCACACGGGGUUCUCGGAAGAGCAGCUGAUGGAUUGUGCUAAGCUGCUGGUGACAUACCAUUCGACGUUGGGGGAGGGGAAUCUGCGGGGUGUCUACAAAAAAUACCAUAGCUCAGAGAGGGAGGCUGUUGCUCUUCUGCCACCAGCAAAAUCUCUUUUGUUGGCCUAAUGUUUUUCUGAAAUACAGCAGGAGUUGAUGCACCUUUGUCACUAGGAAAUUAAUGUCUUAUUUUGUAGAAUUCUUAUUGUUAGAUUAAUUCUUUGUGCGCAAGUCAAGAACAUGACAGAUUGUUGAAAUGAGCAAAACUAAAUAUCGUAAUGACAGGAAAAAAAUGGGAUAUUUUCUUUACAAUGA